AUAGAAGACAGAAGAUUUUCUUGAGAACUCAACCAAAUCAAUAAUCCCUGUGAAUAACUCUAUUUUCGGUCUCCGUUCCCCGGAAUGUGAAGAUUAAAAAGCAAAGAUAAAAGUUGAGAAGCAUGCACUGACUUUCUAAUCUCUUGACAUUUCUGGAUGGUUUUAUGUGAUUCAUUUCUUCAUUCUAAUAUUUGAAAUCCGUAAUCAACGUUGGUUUCGAUCUAAAAGAGUAAAUAUCCAUCUACCAUGCUAUCUGCUUUCUAUAUGAUGUUCAUUCUUCAUUAUAUAAUCAUUAUAAAAUUAUGAUGGGAAAAUGAUUAUGUUUUCUCUUCAACGUGACAUUAGUUUUUAACAUAUUUUGUCACCCACAGAAUUUCGGCGCCACUACUUUAACCAAAAAUCUCACGCGUUUCGAGAACGAAAGGCGUUCAUUUAACAACAAAGCUUCCCAGCCCUCGAUACAGUGACUGCCUGCUUGUGUUAACAGUUUGUUUGUGUACUCGACGUAUUAGAAGACGCUUCGAUUUUUAUCAAAUGGGGUAAGGGCCUUCUUCAGAGUUGAAAUGUCUUUUGUUUAAUCCGCAGAGUCCCUCUUCGUUUGUUCUUUCUUCGUGACGGUCCACGUUUGUGGGAUUUGCCCCGAGCGAGCGGCGCAGACAAACCAAACCAAUUGGUAACAAGGGCUGUGACAAAACAAGAGGAUGAGAGGAUGAGUCUAUAUUAUUCUUACAAGGUAUAAUUGCGUCCAGAACAUGAGGAAUAAUAGUCUCGAAGAUGAAACUUGAAUAUUUUGUGUUGCUUUUCUUGAAUAACUCUGCCCGGCUUUAAACUUUAUACAAUUGUGUUUGUUGUGGAUUGAACGACUUAAAUGGUUUCAACAUUGAAUAAUUUUGUUGAUUAUAAAAAAGGAAAUCACUGUCGCUGUUGUCUUUUGUCAUGUCUGUGGUGGUCGUCGAAAACAAUAGAUAAUUAUUAAAGUCGAUAACACCCAAAGAAGGAAACAUGCUAUGGAAACGCUGAUAAUUGGAUUGGAAAAAAGAAGAUCAUUCAAUGAAACCUUCUGAGUCGGUACUUGAAACAGAAAUUGUCUAUUAAACCUGCUAACGGAUGGAAUCUUUCAAGAAUCAUGCCCUAAAGUGGAUAUAUAAGCAUGAACUGUUAUGACCUUUAGAUAACUCAACAAGGGUGUAGUCUUCAGUUUUUGUCUUUGGCAAUUAGCCAUCGUUAAGCUGUCUGUAUUCGAUGUUUUAAUUAGAAAUCAAAGCUGACGAAUAUGUCAGUGGAACCCGCGAUGAGUCAACCACGAGACCAAACGCCAACUAAGGCUACGCGGGUCCUCACCAGUCGAGAGAGCAAUGAGCGGCAAGCCUGGAGUGAGUCGCCAUCAGAUCGAACUCAACUACUUCCAGAGGCAAUUCGAUGCUCUUCUGAGAGCUGCGUCAACGAAAUGGUGAACGAUGACAAGAGUGGUACAACGACAAGUUCGAGCUUACCGUCACAUGAAGCAACGAAUAGCCAUGAUAGCGAACAUAUUUUGCCGAAUGAGGCAACAAGAGAAAACGAAUAUGAAGUUAAUUUCAAACCAAACAGGAGAGUGCCAGAUCUUUCAAACGGAAAUGUUAAACCAAGUACAAAUUCUUUUGAACGCAAUAGACAUGACCUACCAUUAGAAAAGGAAAAGAUUACAAAGGAUUCGAAAAAUUAUCUUGACUUGAUAGAUGAUUCUAAGUUUCUUCCUGCGCCGGUCAUCCAAGAUGGUGACUCCAAAGAGGCUGUUCAACUGGAUGAAUUCGCCUCUGCAUCGGAUCUUUCUACAGGUCCUACUUCAACCAAAGGUUUUUGGACAUCCAUCAAGGCGGUGAGUCGUUUAAAGUCAGGAGUCAAGUUAAGGGAAAAGAACAAGCGGAAGAAUAAAAAGGUUUCAACACAACGCGUUGACUCUUUCUUGGAGAAAUUCACCACGAGGCGAGGUGAUCUGACCAACUACCCCGAUGACGAGAAAGCCAAAAGUGAGGUUGUUGAAGACGAUGAUAAAGACGAGGAUGAGCAAACGAAGAUCAUCGUCUCACCGGAUAGUGAUUUCCUAAUAUAUUGGCUGACCAUUGUUAGCAUUGCCGUCAUGUAUAACUUUUGGGUGUUGAUCGCAAGGGAAGCAUGGCCCGAGCUGCAAGAAAAAGGCCGCAUUGCGUGGUUUGUCAUCGAUUACUUCUGUGAUUUUAUAUACAUUCUGGACAUCGUAGUCCAAGCCAGAACAGCCUAUCUCGAGCAAGGUCUUCUUGUCUUAGAUAGUAGAAGACUUCUGAGACAUUAUGUAAGAUCAUGGCAGUUUAUCAUCGAUAUUCUCUCACUCCUUCCAACCGACCUCUUCUAUCUCCUGGAUACCAGUCGUCUUCAUCCAAUUGUCAGGUGUCCUAGAUUCCUUCGGAUUUACAGAUUCCAUUUCUGGUACAUGAAAGUUGAGACCAGAACUCAAUUCCCAAACACAUUUCGUGUUAUCAACCUUACACACGUACUUUUAUUGCUUCUCCAUUGGGCUGGGGCAGCUUAUUUUCUUAUAUGCGAAGCCAUCGGUUUGACUUCAGAAUCAGAUGAGUGGGUUUAUGCUGGACCAGCAGGAAGAAAUGCUACCUUGCCUCACAAAUACCUUGCUUCGUUUUAUUGGUCGACAUUGACCUUGACAACGAUCGGCGACCUCCCUGCUCCCGACAACGAAAUUGAAUAUUUUGUACAAAUUGUUGGAUAUCUGGUUGGUAUUUUCAUCUUCGCCACAAUUGUCGGGCAAGUCGGUGCUGUUAUUGAGAAUCGCAAUGCAACACGAAUGGAAUUUGAGCGUCACGUGGACCACGCAAAACGAUAUAUGCAGACAAAUAAUGUUCCGAGAGAUGUUCAGUUGAGGAUACUUAGAUGGUAUGACUACACAUGGACUCGCGGUGCUACACAAGGGCGAGGUGAUGUCAAUUCAUUGGGGCUACUCCCAGACAAACAUCGCACAGAACUAGCUCUCCAUGUUAAUCUACAAACUCUUAAAAGGGUAUCAAUUCUAGAAGUGUGUCCCCCGGAGUUCCUUCAUGACCUUGUCCUUAAGAUGCAUUUAUGUAUCUUCACUCCGGGUGAUUUGGUCUGUAGAAAAGGAGAAGUAGCCAGGGAGAUGUUCAUUAUCUCAGACGGUCUUCUAGAGGUCAUUGACGAAUCUGGUCGAGUAUUAGCCACUCUAAAAUCAGGAGACUACUUCGGAGAGAUUGGAAUUCUUGAUCUGGAAGGCACAAGCAACAGACGAAUGGCUGAUGUACUUUCUGUUGGAUACUCUGAGCUUUUCUCACUCUCUAAAGAUGACGUCUUGGGGGUGCUCAAGGAUUACCCAUCAGUAAAGACCGUGAUUGAGGAUGAAGCAAGGAGAAGACUCAAGACACAAAAGAUGAAUAAAGAAGAGUCAGACGAUCAUAAUAACGUGGAUGCUACGGACGUCGACAAGGACAUCGACCGUGUUAGCAUCUUAUCAGAACUCAGCAGUUUUAACGUUCCUCAGGAAAACAGAAAGGAUUCCACUAAGAAGGUAACUGGACAGGAAAGCCAACAGACGAGACGGAAUCGUGAGAGUAUUACGUCCCUUAACGUUCCGGUGGUUAAGAAACGAAGAGCUUCUGUUUAUGCAGGACCUCCAGACGUCGCCAUCAAAGAGAUCAUGGCGAUGGUUGAGAAAGUCGUGUCAGAAAAAUUAAACUCUUUUGCUGAGAAUGCUCGAUUGCUGAGAGAAACUAAUAUGGAUAUGAGAGAGAAAGUCAGAUCACUACAGAAGGAAAAUGAUACCAAGACUACAAAGAUUCAAGCUUUGGAAAAACGAGUCAAAGAAUUAGAAAACUAAUGUAAAACAUAAUACUUUCAAUUAGCAUAAGAGUAAAGGUUUUAUUUGACAAAUGGACGAUACCAGUGUGUUUGAUAGGGAGGGGGAGAUGAUUUUAAGAUGACGUCAUUCUCUCACUACUAAUGAUGGCAGAUUUACAUGACGCUCGUUGAACCAGGGAAGUGUCUAUAACACUUCCCUGGUUGAACGUUUGUUUUUAUUUCAUUUUUUUCACCUUGAAUCUUUGUGCAAGAUUAUGACCAUAGAAAACAUCCUGUGUGGUAAAGAAAUUCGGGGAUUAACCAUCAUUGAGCUGAUUGGAGUAAUUAUUGUCCCCCCCCCCCAAAAAAAAAAAAAAAUACCAUAUACCCUCCGAAAUUAGAGGCACAAAAAACAAACAGUUCAUAAUCCCACAAAACAACGUAAACAAUAAUUACCAUGUUAUGAAACUGAUAGCCUUAUUUUUUACUCUCUACCACUAAAAAGGAGAUCAAAUUUAGAUACUCGUUCCCCUUCAAUGUUACAUAAUCACAGACACUGUAUGUACAUUUCUCAUGUGAUGCCAAAUGUUUCCAAUUAUUUAGUAAUUGUUAUUUUGUUUGAUUUCCAUAUACAUUAUUUCUCCUAAUCGAAUAGUUUAAAUCAUUAUAUUUUCGUUUAAUCCUUUUUGCUGUAAUCAUCCUAAGAUAUAUAUUCGGACUAUCCGCUUGUAGGGGCAUUGACAAUGCUGUAUAUUGCUGUCUAUUUAUUUCCCUGUUUGAUUUAUACUUGGUUGACAAAAAGACUGUGUAAACCCGACUUGCAAUGAUUCAAUAUUGAAAUCAUCACGGGUAGAAUAUUUUGCAUUAUUUUAAAGAUGUGAUGUAAUUUCUUUUAAAUAUUUCUUCUAUUGAUUGCUGGCUAUAUGGAUGAAGCGAAUUAUUUUAUUUACCGGUUUAACUAUCCUUCAAAUGCAACGAUCCACAGGUUUUAAGCUAAGUGUGGUAGACAAUGGAAACAAAAAUGCCAAACAUGCCACCCCCCGAAAAAUUACUUUCUGAAUAAAUGAUACAUUGUGGCCUUCAAAUGUAUUUAUACAACAUAAUGUAUGCCAAUCAAGAUUAAUGUUUAGCCUAAUUGGAUUGCAACCAAAACUGAAGAACUAGAAUCAUUGAAGACAUGUGGUCUUUGGUCAUGCUCUCUGCAUUGUCUAUUUUUCCUUCUUACAACGUGGCAUAGUUAAUUUGCCUAAUAGUAAUUAAUUCCAGUUUAUAAGCUUUCCUGAUAUCAAAUUAUUCUGGAGAUGAAUAUUUAUUACACUAAAAUAUACAUUAAUGUGUCAAUUGUGUAUCUAGUUCUCUAAAUUCCAAAAGUGUGUGGAACAAUCUGGAAUUAGCUAUGUUAAGUGCAAUAUUUUAAUGAGAAUAUUUGUGAAUCAUAAUCAUUU